AUGGUUAGAUUGGGGUUUGAAUAUAGCAGUGACGGAGGAGAGAAAAGGGGUGGACAUAAUGGUUGGCCAGGGGUUUGGAAGCGAACAGUGGGAUAUGGUGGGUGGGGUUUGGAGGCGAACAGUGGUGGGUGGGGUUUGGAAGCAGUGGCUCUAUGGUGUUGGCAGGAGAGAGAUAAGCUUCGUGCAGAGAAGAGUUCUAACGAUGAUAAGAUUGAUCAAAUGAACAAGCAUUUGCAUCAAUUACAUAUAGAACAUGUUGAAUUGAUAGUUGUAGCCAAAGUGGCACAUAGAGUGGUCGAGGAGUUGAGAACAAGAGUCAAAGAACCGGAAGAGGAGAUUAAGAGGCAAAGAGGAUUGAUUUUGGAAUUCGUAGAAGAGAAACGAGAUGCAAUAAAACAACUUUGUUUCUCGCUUGAGCAUUACAAGAAUGGCUAUUGA